AUAAUGUUAAAGUCACUUCUCAACACUACAAGCAAAUAGCAAUCCUCAUGUUCAUCUCAGUUACCCCUAAUUUAUAAACCCUAAAACUCACCCACAUUUGAACCGCCAAACACACAGAUGGACGGAGUCGCAUCAUACCAACGUUUCCCCACCGUCAAAAUCCGCGAGCUCAAAGACGACUACGCCAAGUUCGAGCUGCGCAACACCGACGCCAGCAUCGCCAACGCGCUCCGGCGCGUGAUGAUCUCCGAGGUCCCCACCGUCGCAAUCGACCUCGUCGAAAUCGAAAUCAACUCCACCGUUCUCAACGACGAAUUCAUCGCCCACCGUCUCGGCCUCAUCCCGCUGACCAGUGAACGCGCUAUGAGCAUGCGUUUCUCUCGUGAUUGCGAUGCGUGUGAUGGGGAUGGGCAGUGUGAGUUUUGCUCUGUGGAGUUUCAUUUGAGGGCUAAGUGUCUUGGGGAUCAGACUUUGGAUGUCACUAGUAAGGAUUUGCAUAGCUCUGAUUACACGGUUGUCCCUGUCGAUUUUUCGGAUGCUUCGGGCUAUGAGAACUCCGAGACUAGGGGAAUAAUUAUUGUGAAGCUACGCCGUGGACAAGAACUGAAGCUGAGGGCAAUUGCCCGAAAAGGAAUUGGGAAAGAUCAUGCAAAGUGGUCACCUGCUGCAACAGUCACUUUUAUGUAUGAACCUGCCAUUCAUAUUAAUCAAGAGAUGAUGGAGAGUUUAACACUGGCCGAGAAACAAAGUUUUGUUGAUAGCAGCCCAACCAAAGUCUUUGAAAUUGAUGAUGAAACUCAACAGGUUAAGAUAGUUGAUUCAGAGGCUUACGCCUAUGAUGAUGAAGUGCUUAAGAAAGCAGAAGCUAUGGGAAAACCAGGACUCAUAGAAAUAUAUGCAAAAGAAGACAGCUUUAUCUUCACUGUUGAGUCCACUGGUGCAAUCAAAGCUUCGCAGUUGGUGCUUAAUGCUAUUGAUAUCCUGAAACAAAAGCUUGAUGCAGUUCGCCUGUCAGAUGACACUGUAGAAGCUGAUGAUCAGUUUGGGGAAUUAGGUGCACAUAUGCGCGGGGGAUGAUCCUUCUAGGUUGUGGAAUUCCUAAAUAUACAUUUUAGGCAAUUCUGAAACUAACAAAAUUCCAGGGGCUCCCGGGAGUUUAAGAUUAGGCUUUUACUUUGUGGAUCCCUGAUGCUAAUGAACUUCUGCAAGUAUGUGAUGCCUAUGAUGAGGGUAGAUUGUCUUGUCGUUUAACUUUUGCACUUAUUUGCAGGGUAAAUGCAAUCCAACUAGUGGGUUAAUUUGGACAACUUCAAAUUUCUUGCAUCUUUGUUGAAAUUAUCUUGUGUUAUUAUCAGUAUAAAUUAUCACUCUAGUUGUAUCCA